UGGCUUUAACCACUCCACUCCUCCCGCCUUAAAAUGGCCUCCCCAUCCCCUCCGCCGCCGCCGGCCGCCGCCGACCAACGGCCCCACCACCCCCUCUUCGCCGCGGCCGCGGCCGCCUCCCUGCUCGCCGUCCUCUACCUCCCUCGGCCGCUCCUGCAGCUGCUCCUCUCCCCCGCCCCGCUCUCCUCCGUCCUCCUCCUCGUCUACCUGCUCCGCCUCGGCUCCCCGCCACCUGCCGCGACCCUUGCUCCUCCUCCUCCUCCGCUGCAGGAGAGAGCCCCGGAGGUCGCCCCGCCUCCGCCUCCGCCGCCGCCGCCGGCGAAGCCCCAGAGCGUGUUCCUGGAGCCGGAGUUCGCGUCGUGGGCGCCCAAAGGCCGCGCUCUGGAGGUGAUCCACGAGGAGUUCGAGGCGGAGUGGGGGCCGGAAGAGAUGGGCCUGCCCUGGACAUCGGACAGCUGCAGCGGCAGUGACGACUACGACGACGGCGGCGGCGGCGGGGAAGAGUACGGGAUGAUCGAGAUCGAGCUGGAGGAGGACAACCUCAUCGAGAUCGACAUCUCGAGGUGCCGGUGAUGGAUUUACCCCGACAUUCCGACCGGUUUUCCCCCUUUGCUUCUCUUGCGUUGGCUUUGACAAAAACAAAAUACAUUUUGCGUUCUUUAUUCUCUUUAUUACUUAGAUGCUGCAAUGUACAUAGGCUGGUGACUGGUGAGACGAGGAAGAUACCGAGUGAGGAAGGCUUGCUAAUUUUUGGUUCAUCUGAGAUGAUGGCGAGUUUAGUUUGAUCCUACUACUACUAGUUUUUGUGCCAUGUUAAUUACUUGUCACCUCAAGGAAUCAACUUGUGAUGCUUGCAUUGGUCUUUCUUUA